GCCGAGGCAUAGGGACAACCAACAUUGGGGAGCCUCUUGUAAGCUAAGCAGCAUUCAUAUUUAUUUUGGAGUUAAGCACUAUUAUGCUGAACUUUGAAAUGACCUAAUAAAAUGGAAGGCAAAAAAAUCCUUCAGGGCACAUUUUGAUUAACUACAUUCACAUUUUUCAGUCAUAUUAACAAAGAAAGUGGUUCAGUUUUGGUCCCUAUUCUUUCAUCAUUCAUAAUGGAGACAAAUGAAUUGUUAAUUUUAUUAUAAAAUUGUCAGGGGUCUAGGAAAAUGUCUCUGUGUGUUUUUAAAUACUGGUUAAGGUUGGUGAGAGUUGUAAUCCAAAACAUCUGAAUGAUACCAAGCUGGAAAGGCUCUUGUGGAAUACCCUUCAAAGACCUGCACCCACAGAAAUGCACUUUGCACCUUCUGUGCUCUUCCCAUUUUUUAUUUUUUAUUUUGUGUGUGUGUGGACGCACGCGUGCACAGCCACUAAUAACCUUACAUUCAGUAAUGUAGGGGAGUAGGAACAUCAGCAAGACAUCUCCAGUACCUUUUCAUAAGAGGAGUGAUGACAUAUUCUGCUAACAAAGUAUUUGUCAGUGGUGUGAGCUUGGAUGGUGAGUCUAGCACGUUUUGGUUAGAUAGGCUAGACUCAAUGACUGACCCAAGCUCUGCAAACUUCAUGACUGAUCACGGAUAUAAACACAAAUCUUCACAGUCUUAGUCCAGCAUCAUAGUCCAACAUCCAUGAAAUACCAAUAAAAUGGGUGUUGUGCUAUGUAUUGCUCCUUUUUUGGAAAUAUUAGUAGAGCUUACUGUAUUUUUUAUUCUCUUAGGAGCCAUGGAUAUGGACCGCUUUAGGGUGUGACUAUGGGGUUUGACAUGAGAGCUCCUGUACUUCAAAUUGUAACAUGUCAUAGCCAAUGUCCAGUAGUGUGCACAUCAUAUACAGUAUAGGCAUUAGCAGGGAAGCCCUAGUAAUCGAGGCAGUUUCAUAUGAAUAAAGAUGAGCUAAUUUGGGACAUGUACUAUGUAAAAUAAUGUAUGAGAAUACAGUUUUGGAAUCAUAAUGGAGAGGAAGUGCAUGAACCCUUUGAGAGGAAAUUAAAUUGUUUUAGAAACCUUCAUUUUUACUGAAGUCUACAUUCAACUCCUAUGUAAUUCAUCUAUCAUUUCCUGUGUAAAUUUCUCUGUUUAUUUUAGACUCAGUUACCUUAGCACUUAUGUAUAACAGCAAUGGCACUACUAUUAAAAAGGAAAUUAAUAUAUGCGUUGCAUGCAGUCUUUUGUGAUUAUAACCAUCUGCAUUUUCCCCAGUUGUUGAAAGUAAGUCAUUCAUUUGAUGUAUCACUUGAAUUUGGAUUUACACAAAUACAUUUAAACUAAUGCAGUUUUACUGCUUGUUGUGAAAGAAAGGUGUUUGCUGGAUGCUAGUGUUUUGCUGUGUUCAGUAAGAACAGGAAUGGGAGGGGAAUGUUUACAAUGUGGUGCUUUCUUGAAAACUUACUGUGUCCACUAUGAAUUAUCCUAACAAAUGUUGAUUUUCAAUAGAUAUUAAGAGCUAAAUACUUUAUUUAUUAAAAGUAAUGUGUGUUUACAUUGAAUUGUGACAUUUAUCUCUUUUGGUGUAUGUGCCCAUUUCACUGCCUUAACUGGUUCUGAUUUAAAAGAGAGGUAGAGCUGGGUAUCAUCUGCAUAUUGAUGAACACCCAACCCAAACCCCCUGAUGAUCUCUCCCAGCAGCUUCAUGUAGAUUUUAGAAAGCAUGGGGGAGAGGACGGAACCCUGAGGCACCCCACAAGUGAGAGCCCAGGGGUCUGAACUCUCAUCCCCCCCCCCCACUUUCUGGACACGGCCCAGGAGAAAGGAGCGGAACCACUGUAUAACAGUGCCCCCAGCUCCCAGCCCCUCAAGACGGUCCAGAAGGAUGUUAUGGUUGAUGGUAUCAAAAGCCACUGAGAGAUCCAGUAGAACUAGGAAACAGCUCUCACCUUUGUCCCUAGCCUGCCGGAGAUCAUCGACCAGUAUGACCAAGGCAGUUUCAGUCCCGUGGUGAGGCCUGAAUCCCAACUGGAAGGGAUCCAAAUGGGCCGCAUCCUCCCCAAUAGAACAAUAUUUAACACACCCAAUAGAACUUUAAAGUGUUUAAUUUUUGUUAGAUUGUGCCUUUUUGGCAGCAAACCAGAUUAUAGUGGCAUGAAUUUUAUAAGCAAAAGCAAUUAUUAUCACAAAGGUUGUAUGGAUAGUGGGGCUGAUUUGAAGCUGAUCUGAUCUUAGUGUUUAUUGCCUGCAUUGUCUGCACUAAGUUGGGCCAAGUUAUAGAGAAGUACCGGUAGCUUUGGGUCCUUUUCACAUACAUUGCUGGGAAAUCCUGGUUGUAGUACAGCCUCCUACAGUGCUAGUCUAGAUUUUGCAAUCCUGCAGCAGCCACUCAACUCAGCAACCAUGCAAAACUGAUUGGAGUAGCAGGCAGUCAGGGCACCAUUAAUGGCUAGUGUUGGAUAGGUUCCAAUCCAUCCUAAGCACUGAACUUCCUGGAUAACCUUGGGCAAACUUUCAGCCAGAAAGGGUGGGAGAUCCUAUGCCUGGAAAGAAGAGCAUCGAACCCAUCUUCCAAGGCCAUUUGUGUGUGAUUAACUGAUCUCUGCAGCUCCUGUGAGCAUAAAAAUCCAUGCACAGAGGUAGCAAAGCAAUUCUGCCUUGGCUUUAUCUCUCUGUCCUCACAAUGCAACAGUAUUUGCAUGACCAGGUGCCUCACAAGGGCUAGAAGUAGCAUUGUCAAAGGCAUCUGCUGUCAGAAGUGGCUCAAGGUUUGAGAACGCGCUGGUAACGUGACCUCUGGGUGUGUCCUCUGAAACCUACCUGGCAGCAGUAAGCAAGAGCAUUCCGAGCAGCACUGGGUGACUGAGAAUAGCCACUAUUUUAAUUUCCCACAAUGUCCCCAGAUGAUGCUAUGUCAGGGGCAUUGUGGGAAAUUAAUAAAGCAGCUCAGGUAGAGCCAUCCAGGGCUGCUCAGAUAAACAGUCUCUCUUCCUCUCCUCUCUCUCUCCAUACCUACAUACAUACUGCAGGCCCCUUAAAAGUCGUGGACUUCAGCAGCUGCCCCAGAAUGCCAAGUGCUGACACUGGGUCUGUCUGAUAUAGUUGUACCAUGACAGUGAACUAACUAACUAACCAUAUACAUAAAAUUUACUUUAUGGAGUUCCUCAAAGACAAAGUCUUUUUGUAUUCUGACACUCUGAAAACACACAGACAAUAUUACAAUGUUCUAUGCCAGUAGAUUAGAAUCUUAUUUCAAAUCUUGAUGAACAAAUAUUUUCUCUUAAACCUCACAUAAUGUAUUUUUAACUGAAUUAGUAACAGAGACAGCUUUAGACACCUGCAAAAACUACAGCUACAAACAAGUCAAAGGUCUGAGGGCAAGGUAAGGCUAAAAUUAAGUUUAAUAAUAUAAAAGCCCUUUUUAAAGGGGAUAUAUUUCCCAGAACAAGAACCUUUAGGGCACAGUCAGUUUUGAUUGCAAGUUGAAAUACAGGAAUAAGUUUAUAUUGUAAUAUUUUCUGUCAUUUGAUAAGUAGGCAAAUGAACUUCCAAACUUGGAAGAUUUAAAAGUUUUAUAGAUCCUGCCAAAUGCUAGGAAGAAAUGGAAAUGUUGAAGCUCAUCUUGGAUAACUCAAAAACUCAUUAGGCAACAUAUGCUCUUAUAACAGCACAGAACCGAGGCCAGUGACAAUUAAGCAUAUUUAUGUUUCAUUAACUUAAAUGGGAUUUCUUUAUGCAACAACUGUUUUUAGGAUUGGGUCCACUAUAAUUAUACUGUAUGUCCUGAAAGCUGCAUAGAUUUGUUCCGUGGGCUAGAGGGUCCCAACCAUCUUAGCCAUUUUCGUUUCGUUUUGUAGCAUGUUUCACAAAGUAAUACACAAUUGUUACUUAUUUGUUGCAGAAGAUCAAGAUUUCGCCCUCCAUAUUACUUUUUCUGAGCAUUCAAAUUUUAAUGUAUCGUCACUGUGAAAAUGCCAUUACAAAUUUAUUAUGGCUUAAUAAACUUGAGAUGAUUCCAUUGUUAGGGUCACUAGCUAUCCAUUUCCAGCUGCAGCAGUGCCAUACUAGCUUAUGGACUUUAAAAAAUAACUCCCUUGUAGACUCCUUCACCACUGGAAAUAACUGCAUGGUUUCCCCAAAUGUUUAAAAAACGGGAAACCCCUGGUGCAACCUGUCAUCCCAUCCCAAGUAAUCCCUUCCAUUACAUUGGAACUGGCUAUUGUGUUCCUGGUGUAUUGUCACUACCUUUAUGAUGUCAUGUAUAGCAUUAAAGGGGGGGUGCAUAAAAAAUAAUGUCACUCCUCUGCCCAUGAUGAAUCCUGAUUACACAAAGGCAUUUUACUCUAGAAAAGCCUUUUUUUUCUUGUCCACCUUAAUACUGCAGUUGCUAAGGUGGCCUGGGAAUUUUAUAUACGGUACUGUCCUAGCAACUGCAAUACAUUAACAUUAUACCAUUUUCCUCUGAUCAGCCAAAUGGAUGGGUUAAGAAAGAAGCAUUAGCAGCAACUGAAGAAUUCCAUUUGUUACUUAGGUGGUGGUAUAGCCUUGUAUGGAGUGUGCCAUUUCACAAUGCAGUUGGAGGUGUCCGGUUAAAAAAACAAUGCGCAGAUACAGCAUGGGGAAGGCUAGAACUCUUCCUUCCUUCAAAUUAAGAGUUCCUGCCUGCAAUCUUAAGUGGAGCAGCUGAAGCAAAAGUUUACCUGCGAAGUUCAUAACAGGUGUCCUCAGUGGCCAACGAGAUGCUAAGGAGAAAGAAGCCCACCUCAGACUCAUUGAAAUGAAUGGCACUUCCAAGCAAACAUGCACAGGAAUGCACUUCACAUCUCUCCCAAAAGGGAGUGCUCAGCUUUGGCUGGCUAAACCAAUCAUCUCGACAACAGAUGAAACAUUAGCUGAGGAAUAAUCUAGAAGGUCCACGAGAAGAACGGCGGGUUUAUUAUCAUUCUUCAGUAAUAGUACUGCGCGGAAAAGCAGCUCCAAACCCCGAGGUUUGGGACGGGGCAGAUUCAAAAUGAUCCCCAAAACCGUAAAAAAGAAAGUCUACCUCUUGGAAGUAUAUUAUUAUUUUUCCCUAUUGACGACGUCGUCGUCUGAACAAUUUAGAAUUGCAUUAAAAAUGUGUGUUCUGUAGCACACUUUAUUAUAUAUUCUCUGUAUCUUUAACAAAGUGGGGAGUGGGGGGGGAGGAUUCGGCCGUUAAACGAUACGUCUCACACAUAAAAAAUGGAAUCAACUCCCUUUGUGAGGUAGCCGCGCGAACUCAGCUGCGCGCGCCGUUUCGAAUGUCAGCGGCAUUCAACUCGCCGGCAGAAGCCCCGACAAUAGGCAAUUGCUAGGCGGCGAGCGCGCCGAGCAGACACGAAAUUGCGCGUGCGCAAAGCCUUACCUUCUUCCUCCUCCCGGCUCCUUUCGCCGCUUCGACCGCGACUCGGGAGCGCGCUUCGUAGGUGCGCUCUUGCGCCUCCCGUUGCCCGCGGAAGUGUUUGGAUAGGCGACCUUUUCUGCCUCCAUAGCAACGCGCUUGGCGUCUCCGUCCGUGGCGGCGAAGCCUCUUUGCCUGUGUUCACGCGCGCCCUGCUGCGACUCGUCCCCUUACCUGUCGCUGGCGUUUGGCGGGGAAAGAGGUUGUGGGGAAGCGCUGGGCAGAAGGGCGCGGAGUUCGUGUGAGUGGGGGAGGAGACCCGUGUGCGUCGGGACGGUGAAUAGCGGGGCUUCGACGGCCCAGCCGCCUUCUUGAGACAUCAUAUAAUUUGCUAGUGUAGGCGCGUUAGCCCUGGCCACACUUCGUCCGAAGGGAGGCGAAAGUCCUGAGGAGUCCGUAUCAAGUGUGGUUUGCGUGUCGCCCCGUAGAAACUGCCCCCACCCCUUGGCAAUCUUUCCCUUCCGACACUUAUUUCCCCCAGUCUGGGCUCGAUCUGAUAAGCAGAGAGAAAAGCAAUUAGGGAUGCAGGCAGAUAUGCUAGUGCUUCUUUUGCCGUCUCCCCCACUCUUCUUUCUAUAUGCAUGGGCGUAGCUGGGAGGGGGGCAGCUGCCCGCCAAAUAAUACAAAUCAAUACAAAUCUGAGGUUCUACCCCCCUAAUAAAAACCUCUCCCCCUCAACAAAAAUCCUGGCUACGCCCAUGCCAUGGUUUCAGCAGUUUUUAAUACGCCAAGACGAUUCCACCGCUACCACCACGCGUAACAGUAAAUUGAAGUGUAAAUUGAAAAUUGUAAGGGAGUCGGGACCCCCAAAAUCAUUUAAUCCGACCCCUGCAAAACAGGAAGAGGCAUUGGUUUGUUCUGUGGAAUUCAAGACAUCUUUCCAGAAAAGGGUGUUUCUGGGUAUUGCCUCUUACCCAAAAUUUAUGGUCAGGCUGCAAUAUUUUGCAGCUGGGAAAAUGUGAUUUUCCCCACCCCUUCAGCUAGAAGCAUUGGUAUUGUAAGGACCAUCUUUCAUCCGCUGAAUAACCCCUAUACAAAGGGCAAACCAGAGAACCAUAGGUGAAGCCAGAAUUUAUUUUAGGCGGGGCAGGCUUUAUGUUAGGGGGGCAGAGAACUGAGUUAACUAACUGACCAAUUGUGUCGCAGGUAAGUAUUUUUAUAUAUUUACUUGAUUUGAGGGGGCAGCUCACCCCCCCCCCCCAGUUAUGCCCUUGCUUAAUCCCGUGCCCAUUACACAUUUAGAAAUUUCAAAGAGUUCAAAUUCAUUUGACCCUUUAAAAAGUGGUUGAAGUUCCAUCUUGCUACCAGCAGUGCUGUGCCAUUUCCUGGGCCUUUUCUACUUGUCAAGCACUGGUAUUUGUACAGAUCAUUUUAAUUUAGAAGUAGUGAACAGCGGUAAAUUUAUUUAUUUAUUUCUUGCCCAUAUCAAUAGGACGUCGUCCUCACAACUGUUAUAUGGGGAUUGUCCCUGGAUCAAGAUGAACACAAUAUAGCACUAUACUUCUUUUUAAAAGGUCCUAGAAUUCCGUAUUCUAGAGGCAUUUCUGGGUAAAAAGCAUUCCAAUUUAAUGAAAGGUUUUAAGAUUUUAAAAAUAUAGUGAUAUGAAUCUUUGCGUUCAUCAGAUUUGCCAGUACAGUGGUACCUUGGUUUAAGAACAGCUUAGUUUAUGAACAACUUGAAUUAAGAACGCUGCAAACCUGGAAGUAGGUGUUUUGGUUUGUGAACUUUGCCUUGGAAGCAGAACAUAUUCCGCUUCCUGUUGAGUGUAAAUUGAGUCCCCCACUGCUAUGGGAAAGCACGCCUUGGUUUAAGAAUGCUUUGGUUUAAGAACGGACUUUCAGAACGGAUUAAGUUCAUAAAGCAAGGUACCACUGUACUGAAAUAGACUUGCCUGACUCAAUUCUGUGUAUCUUCUCACAUAUACAGUAGUGUUGGGAGCUCUAAGGUUCUGGGAUCAGCAUUUUCUAAUACUUUGUGAGGUGGGGGAUCAAGAAGAAGAGGAAGCCCCAGGACUUUUUAUUAAAGUAUCGGUAGUUUUUUGUAAUAAAUAUAUACUUUUGCAGUAUUGUCACUCUGUGACCACCAGUUUAAUUGUGAUCAGCCAGAAGUGAGUCCCUUUAAAAGGAACUCAAUUUCAAGAUAGUUAAUAGGACUUUAAUUCCAAAUUAGGAAUAUAAAGUCAGGUGUAGCUUGACUGAAAAGCUUUGAAUAAAAUGUUGCCCCUAUGAUAUUGAUAUAUAUAUAUAUAUAUAUAUAUAUAUAUAUAUAUAUAUAUAUAUACAUAUACACACACACACACACACACACGUACUUUUAAGAAUCCUAGAUGACAGGUGCCAUCUGAGCAGAAGUCCUUAUCUCAAACAGAAACAAAGCUUAUUCUGAAAUACUAUAGUACUUGAUCACUACUAUGUUUUUUCCCCUUCAAAACUACAGUUGUACCUCAGGUUAAAGUAGCUUCAGGUUGAGCGUUUUCAGGUUGCAUUCCGCGGCUACCUGGAAGUCACGGAACGGGUUACUUCUGGGUUUUGCCGCUUGCACAUGCGCAGACGCUCAAAAUGACUUCAUGCGCAGAAGCGGCGAAUCACGGCAUGCGCGGAGUGUGUUCUGCUCAGGAUGCGAACGGGGCUCCGGAACGGAUCCCGUUCGCAUCCAAAGGUACCAUUGUAAUGGUUUUAUUCAUAUGCAAUUUUAUACAGAUUUUAAAAAUUAAAACACCAUUAGCCUACUAUGUCCUGCUUCUAUAUAAAGAGAGCUAGGAUGUUAGUAUAAUAGUCUGUAGAAAAUUUGGGAAGACAUCUAUUACCAUUAAUCUUUUCUUUAUUAGGAAUAUGACUAAGAAUGUCUCUGAAAAUGAGAAGAAAAUCUCAUUGUAAUUAAAUUAUUUCAUAGUAACUAGAAAAUAAUGUUGGAAAAAGAGUAUACAAUAAUUUUAUGACUCUGAAAUAUACUUUAUAACUUUUUGUUUUAUUUUAAGGCCCUGUGUGACAAAAAGGAAUACAUGGAUAUUGAAUUCUUGGAGUAAAAAACUGACUUUACUGCAAGAUUAUGGUUCGACUAACAUUGGAGCUAAUUGGUAAAAGCCUCAAUCAGAAGAAUCGCAGAGAUGAGUCCUUGGCCCAUUACUUGAGGAAAACGACUCAUCUCAAGUUAUCAAAUAAAAAUAUAGAUAUAAUUGUAAGAAUACACUGAUUAUUUGAAAAUACAACUUCUUUUUUGUUUGUUAUUUGCUUUCUGUUGUUAAUAGCAAUUCAAAGCAUUUUUAUCCUGCUCUUCAGCCAAAAAGUCUGCCAGAGGUGCUUACAUAAGUUCAAUAAAAACAAGACUCUUUCAGUUAGCAAAAGAGUCAGGAGGGAAUUUGUUAAAUUAAAUUUUAUACCAUUACAAUAAUCAGCUUGAAAUUACUGACUAAAAGGCAAUAACACUUAGUUAAUUUAAAGCACCUUUCAUUUGCACUGAAAGUUUUAAAUCAGAAAUACAGUUUGUUUUAAAUAUAGUUUAGUAUAGUGGAAGUAAAUAUUGUUUUCAGAAAAUUGCUUGAAAUUUGGGGAGAUCAUAGCAUCCCUAUAUUCUAGAAUGAUAUACAAUUCUAGUGUAAUUGUCAGUUGGAAAAUAUGAGCCGAGAUCCAAAGAACUAGUUCAGGCAUUCCUAAGGGUUUGGCUAUGGGCAGAUAGAACUUUCCAUUUUCUCCUUUGAACAGCAGACCCCCAUGUCCAAUAAUAAAGUGCUUCUGAAAGUUUCUUCCAUUUGAAAAAUAACUUGCUAUGUAACAUAGGGGGGAGGACAACUUCAGUGGCCCCUUAGAUAUUUAGAACAGCGUGCUAUUCUUUAGUUCCUAGCCAUCAUAAAAUAGUAUCCAUUCAUUCUAUAUUUCUAUAUUUACAACUAUAUCUACCAAGGAUAGACAGUAAGAUCAAAAUGUUGAAGGAAGUAUAAAAAAAACCCAUGCAGUAGGAAAAGGCUGUAUCUGGGAGCUGAAGCAUUUUACUUAUGAGUGAACUACACAGUAACACACUUUCUUCAUUCUUUCUCUUAGGAUGACCUGUCUUUGUGUAAAAACCUUAAUGUCCUUUAUUUGUAUGAUAACCAAAUUAGACAAAUACAUAAUUUGGAUUUUGCUACAAACCUAAGACACCUAUACCUGCAGAACAAUUGUAUUACACGAAUUGAAAAUCUAGCAUCAUUAAUAAAACUUGAAAAAUUGUAAGUUUAAAAUUAUUAUCGGAUUUAUUAACUGAUGUGUAAAUUGAUGUAAGAAAUAUAGCUACUGUAUAUACUUGCUGAAUAUAUUCUAUAUUUUAUUUCAAAUAUGAUAAUUUUGUUCACAUAUUCCAUUAAUCCGAGAACACAUUAGCCCAAAGUCUGGCUAGUGAUUUCACUGGAUGAGUUAAGCAUAUGUUUGACUCCCUCCCACUGAAAUCAGUUUGAUUUUACAGUUUUUUCCUUUGCCUGGAUUAUGCUUCAGAUUAGCAAUUGAUAAUAUCUGGAAUAUUUCUUUACAUUUUAUUAUUAAUAUUUCUACAAUAAAGUAAUGAAUUAUAUAGGACAAUGUUCCAGCCUGCCUCUAUACAUUGCUUUAAAAUAUUUUCAUUUUGUUUGGGUUGUUUCCAGGUAAUUCUAAAUAGAUUUGCAUACUCAGAUUUCUCUUGAGAUUUUAUAAAUCUUUCACCUUUUACAAAAUAAUUUGCUUGUAGAAAACUCUGUGAUUGUUCCAUGGAGCCCUAUGGAAAUUGGGAUUUUAGUUUAAUACAUUUUAUUUGUCAUAAAAUACACUUUUUUACUUUUGGAAAUGUUUGCGUUCUUUAAAACACAUUGGGAGAACUAAAAGCCUCUUAUAUACUGUUAAGGUAUCUGGGCGGCAAUUACAUCACUGUAGUAGAAGGCUUAGAGACUUUAGAAGAACUAAGAGAAUUACAUGUUGAAAGCCAGCAGCUUCCCCUAGGAGAAAAGGUUUUGUUUGACCCAAGAAGUCUUCAUUCGCUAGCGGUAAGAAUAUAGAGUUUCAGUGACAUCUGGUGAAAGAUAUUGAUUGCGAAAAAAUUACAAGAAUUAUUUUUAAAUCUAAUACCUGUUUGGCAAAGAGCUGCAUUCCUAUAGGAUAUGAAUGCAAAAGGGUUAAUUUUUAUUAUGACUACUACUACUAUUUGUGUAUCAAAAAUAUGUGUAAAACAAAGGGUGUCCAAUAGUAGUGAGUUCUAAUUCUUUUUGUUUUGCAAUAAGUUCUGUAAUCAUUUAUGUUGCAUUCAUUUCUCAUCAUUUGAUAGAAUAUGUUUGUCAUUCCCAUUACCAAGAACAUUUGGUUGACAUUGAGCAUUUGCUCGGUUAGGUAUGUUUAAUUUAGAAGCAAAACCCUAUUUAAUUUUUGUAAUCGUAUGAAACAAACCAAGGUUGCAAGAAAUGUGUAGAUUGUUGGCUAUAGAAUCCUUUUUUAAAAUUUCCAUUUAAAACUGAGCAAGCACAGCUUAAUGAAUUAUGCAUUAUUAGCAUAUACCCAUUAGAUUCAGCAAAACCUGAUCCUCUUGUAUUCCUUCUCACUACUCAUUUGUCAUUUGACAACUUCAAAACUGAAGCUACAAAAAAGUACAGCUCUAUAUUUGUAUUUUGUUUGUAUUUUCUUCCUCAUUGUAGUUUUUUCAUGGUCAAUUUACUGCCAUUUGUAUUAUGAAAGAGCAUUAAAAGUACCCAGUUUCAGACUAUUUAGAUUGCAUUGUAUACUGAUUAAUUCCUCCAGGUCCAAGAGCUUUUCUAAUCAUCCAGUGAAAAUCAAGUUAAGCAAAAUCUCACUUCAAAUUUUCUGCACAUCUGAUAAGAUCUGACUUAGUGGGUAAGAUCAGGUUUUCACAAGGCACAGCUGCAGAACAAUGAGAAAGGCUCUCAGUCCCAGGGGAAUUAACUAGUACACAAUACAAUCAAAAUAUGGGUCAAGCAAAAGUGUAGAUGAGCCCAAAGCUGAGGUGCUGAUAAAACAUUCAGUUGUGUGGUGCAGUGCUAUGCAUGUUUUACUUUAGUGAGAAGUUAGUCUCACUAAGUUUAAUCAGGUUUAUUCUCUAGUAACCACAUAUGAUUUCAGCAGUUAACUUUUGACUUUUCUUUUUAAAUGUUAAUUUCAUUGCAGAAGUCUUUAACAGUUUUGAAUAUCAGCAAUAAUAAUAUUGAUGAAGUGAGUGAUUUAGCAAUUCUGGAAAAUAUCUCCCACCUUAUAGCUGUUGACAACCAAAUUCACCAUGUGAAGGUAAUAAAGAGGAAAUAAGAUUGAUAAGUAUAUAUGGGAAAUUAAGGCAGUUAAUAUUUAAUAAUCUUUCAGUGGUUAGAAUUAUUUGUUUUUAUGGGAUAAUUUAAAGUUAAUAUGCAUGGAUAUAUUUUUCUUUUUCUGUGGCCUACGGAGAUCAAGUCCCAUUUCACUAUAUGGCUUUUACAACACUUUUUAUCACACUCAUUUCUAUCUGUUUAUUUAUUUCAUAUAAUUUAUAUACUGCUUGAUUGUAGGAAGCAAACCUCAAAGUGGUUUACAAAAAAAGAAAACAGUAACUUUGUCACUAAAAAAAUUGCAACCAUAAUAUAAAACAUACAGAAAGUUAAAACCAUAAUAUAAAACUAAAACAUUUAUCUAAGAGGAUUAAACAGAUCAUGGAGAGCAAGGUAAUCAAUGCUUAUUAGUCAUGAUGACUAUAUAUUACAUCCAGGAUCAGAGGAAGCAUGUCUCUGAGUAUCACUUGCUGGGAAACAGUAGGAGAGGCCUACUGCUCUCAUGCACAACUUUGGGCUUCCUAUAGGCAACUCUUUAAGACCAUAAGAAACAAGAUGUAGGAUGCAUUUGGCUUAACCGAGAAGGCUCUUAUUACGCUUUUAAAAAAUUAAAAUACUAAUCCAUGUGGUUACUAGGUAAGGCUACAUCCUAGAGUGCAGAUGUGAUGCUCUGUCCUAUGAACCACCAAACAGACAAUUAGCACUGUCAGCUCUGCGAUCCUAAUCACAUAUACACAUUUCAUGGUUUCUCAUUUUGUUCUAUGCAACCAAGUGGCAUGUAUGCCAAAAAAUGGAUCUCCUGUCUCCAUGUCGUACAAGAGUACCCCCUUUAUGCACAUAACCAUGGAUUGUGGCCUAUAGGUUCAGAUUAUAAGGCUCUCACUUUUAAAUAACUAAAGUAGUACCAUUCCUAUUUAUUUUGGAAGGCCUUACGCUGGAUCAGUGUUCUGGGAAUAUGGUUGUAAAUCUUUAAUUUAUUCAACCUUUUGCCAUUAUUGAUUAUGACAACAAGAUAUCAAAAAGAUGAAUUCCUUCACUUCACAAUUCAGUCAGGAACAAGAGAGAAAAUAUAGAUUUUAUGAAAGAGAUAAUGGCAGACCGUCAGAAUGAUGACAAAUUGCUGUCUACAGAUGUAGUUAGGGCAGUUGAGCUAGACACAGCCGAUAAAAAUUGGAGUACACUGGUCAAAUACAGGUUCUUAAAUGGCCAUCAUUAAUUGGGAAGAAGGCUGCUGCUAGUACUACGGAUGUCAUCUGAGGCUUUCACCUCCCACAGUUUGCCUAGAAUAUAAUUUGCUCUUUAGUAUUUUGUAGCAGACCUCUAAGUGAUAGCAUGACAUGAUCAUUUAUCAAACAGAGACUGCCCAAAAAAGUGUCUAGUCCCUUUAGUAUAGCUUAUUGAAAGGCUGUAAAGUGAAAGCAUUUUAUUAGAGACAGGAAGGCAAUGAACAACUAGAGCGUAUCCAAAGGGUAAUCAUAUUUCAACAUGGGAUUAGUACCUUCUUAGAUAAACAUACAAUGGCGUGAGCAGGUUCUGGAUCAUUUAUCAAGUGAGUAGUAGUCAACAAAAAUCUGGAAAAUUCUGUGGGUACAUUCAUCAAAGUUUAGCUAUUUACUUAGCAAGGUUCCAAGAAAUAUAUACUAUUUUACAUUUUCAAAACCAGCUUUAGUUGAUUUAAUUUUUCAAGUGCAUUCUAGUUUUACAAGUAUAGGAAGAUGAUUUCAAUGGGUCUUACAAUGUAAAUUUUGACAUUUAUGGAGACAACAAAGGCAGAGUUUAGGUUGAUAAGAGAUUAAUGUGAGCCAAUGUAAUUGCAUGUACUUGGACUUUGUUUCAGUUUGGGAAAUAAAAUGCCAAAUUGUCCAGAUACGCAAAACAUUAGAUAUGCGAAACACUGUAUCUGAUAUGAAAAUACAUCCUGAUAUAUUUUUAUAUGUGAGAAAUAAUAUGUGCCUUUUUAUUUAGUAAUCAGAGCAGAAUAUUAUGUUUAUAACUAUGAAAGAAAACAGUUCCUUGAGGUUAAUGUUACAGAAGCAGAAUGUUUCUAUAAAUAGCUAAUUGUGGGAGCUUAAAAGAAAAUCUCCAUGUUGCUUUCCAUGUUCUGCAUGACUCCUCUGGCAAACUUGAAAUUUAACAGUCCAAGGAUUAUGGAUUUUCCCAAAUAUGAAAUACUGGAGAGUAAAAAGAAACCCUUGCUCUCCUGCUCCUUGCAUCUGGUUUGUGCGGAUAACUGAUAGACACUAGAAAAUAUUGCUGAAUAGCUUAAGAGGUUCUGUUGUACAUUGAAAAGUAACAUUUCCAACAAUUUAAUCCAGCUAGGACAUGACAUGAAGCUUCUGCAUGUAUGUCUGAAACUGGAUAGAGAACCAUACGUGUAGACAGGACCUGCUAAUGCAGUUCCCCUCACUGAUCCAAGAUCGGAUUCUGUGCAGGGGAAACCCUUUCAAAAACUUAGCAUUUGCCACACAUCUAUCUGGGAGCAGGGCGGGCACAACACACCUUUUGUAAUAGAACUGUUUGUGUGCAUCCCUGUGUAUUGAGUCACAAGUGUUUAGUGAUAAUCAUUGUAAACGAAAUGUAGGAAUGCAAAUACAGUAAUAAUAGAUAAUAACUUGGAUUCUGAAAAAAGCCAGCGGAAGAGGGUUGGCAGAAGGUAAAUUUCCUUCUCCACUCCUCACUGGCAGUCCUCUAAGUAGCCUCUCCUGAGGGUGAAAUACUCUCCAGAAUAAGGGUAGCACUGUGGCAUGGGGGGUGAAAAGGGAGUUGCUGAAAAUGAGGUGGAGGCAUCUUCUUUAAGCAGGAUCUCUACACAGAGAAUGUGCUCUGCUUGAAUUUCAAUGGUUCUCCCCACAGCCUCAUUCAGGAGGGUCCCUGACUCUCAGAAGAAGCUUGUGAAGCUGCCGGUGGAGGGGGAGCUGGUGGGAAGGAAAGCUGCCUUGUUGACAUAUUUAUAACUCUCCCUUUGUCUGUAGAGAUAUCAGGGUGGCCUACAAAAAAUGUGAGUUAAAAUUAGUCAUGGCAAAACAUUAUAGUGAGCAAAACUCUAAAAAAAAGUUGAAAACAAAUAGAACACUCUAAACAGUCAUCAACUUCCACUAGCACUUCUAAGGAUCUAAGUCACUGUAAAGAUAGUGGCAUGUUACAAAAUUUUCAAUAAGAGCAUCAAGAAAAAGAGAAUUGUUAAUAUUUACACAGAUGGAAGUGAAAAUAUUUCUCAACUGGUGGAAAUAGCAAAUUACUUUCAAUUCAGUUGCCAAGUGCUAUUAUUUCUGGUUGCUGACAACAGUAUCCAGAAGAGCAAUAAGAAGGUACUUGAGCAGUGCAUUUCCACAAGUCCCAUAUCUGCCAAAUCUUAUAAGUCAUACAAGCCAUGUUAACCAGUUUAUAUAUUGUAGUAAUAUAAAAGAAAAACUAGGUCAGAUUGCCCUUAAUAAAAAAAGAAAGAAACCCAUACUAGAUAAAGGUUAUGUAAAAACACAAAACUUUCCUUCUCCUAGCUCAGGCCAAGAAAAUAACAGAUGUGGAGGAAAUUUAUUAAUUUUAUUCUAAAUAAUUACAUUAAUCAUGAAAGAAUUGUCUACCUGUGGCUUCCUCUCCAUGAACAAACAACUCUGAAUUCAUUUGCAAGUGAAGGGUUUUUGUAUAUUGUAGAGUGCCAUCAAAACAACAACAACAACAACAACAACAACAACCAGUAGUAAUAUUCCAGUGCAAUCUACCAAGGUUUCAUAUAUAUUCAGGCAGCUUACAUUAUGGCCGGAAUCCAGAGAUACACCUCCACAUACGGGGAGUCUAUUUUCUUCAUGUAGGCCCUGAUGCAACUUGCAUGAGGAAAAUCAAGCCAUAUAUACAGAUUUUUUUCCAUGUAAGCCCCUAUAAUUGAGCACAUGUAUUGUGCAACAUCUUAUAUAUAUAUAUGUAUGAAGACCUGUGCAAGUGGUAGCUUGAAAAGAUUAGACAGAUUCAUGAAGAAACAGGCUAUUGAUGACUACUAGCCAUGAUGACUAUGCUCAGCUUCCACAGUUGGAGGCAGCAGCUUCUCAAUACAAGUUGCUGGAAACCAGAGGAGGGGAAGAGUGCUCUUUUUUUGCCCAAAUCCUGCUGGUUUCCCACAGGCCUCUGUUGGGCCACUGUGAGAACAGGAUGCUGGGUGAGAUGGGCCAUUGGUCUAAUGCAGCAAGCUCUUCUUAGUUCUUAUGUGUUUCUGGUGUUCUGGAUUUUGGCCUAUAUUUUACAUUUUACCUUUACAGUAGAAAGUGAAGAUCAAAGGGUUGAAAUCAUGUUUAAGGAAUAAUUAUUAGAAGGUUGCUUUUUGGCUUUAUGUGUAAAGCAUUGUGUUUCUUAAUUUAACAUACCGCAUGCCAUCAUGUGAUUACUUUAUAAAGGUAGCUGUGUAAAUAACAUUACUUUAGAAAGUUUACAUUUAAUUGAAUAAAUAGAAUUAUGAAUCCACUUAGUUACAGCAUUUAGCUAAGUUAGCAAAAGUAUUGAUUCUCUUUUCUUUGGUAUUUGCAGGACUUGGAGUUUGUGCUGGGUGUAUGGACCAACCUGCGCAAAUUAGAGCUGAAUGGAAAUCCUGUUUGCCAGAAACCAAAAUAUAAGGACAGAGUUAUACAGCAAUCAAAAUCCCUUGGUAAAAUAAUGUACUUUCAGAGAGCACUUUUCUUUUACCAGAAAUUAAUCCAUGCAUUAACACACUUACCUGGGAAAAAGUCCCAUGAUGUACUCAUUGGGGCUUACUUCUGAGUAGACAUGUCUAGGAUUGUGUUGCAUACCAUACAACAAAUUUCCUGUGAUUAUGUAAGCUAAGUGGGUAUAGGAUUGUAGCCUUAGACUUCUAUAUAGGCCAACAGAUGUUACUAGGUCACAAAAAAAUUACUAGUUUGCCUGUCCCAUAUACCUAUUAGUUGUUAGCAACCUUCAAAAUACAUUUUUAGUAGAAAUAACCUGCCUAGACACCUGAGGCAAUUCUUACUCUCCACAGGGGUCCAGGGAGAGGCCUAUAACAAGCCACCACCCAAUCCUGUGUACAUUUACUCAGAAUUAUUGUUUAAAUAAAACUCUUCUAAAAGUAAACAGUAACGAUUCCAGGCAGACCUCCCAUGACUGUUCCAAAUCUUGGGUGCCACAGACAAAGAGGCCCUGUCUGAAAUAUCCAACUGAGAAAUAUCUGCUGUAUUUCUUAUGAAGAAUGAAGCCUUCAAGCUCACAUGGAGGAAAGCACACAGUCACCUGCCAGAAUAGGUUGUGCUGAUAGAACUACUACAGAAGCCCUUAGGAUGCCACCCAGGAUGCUGGCACAGCCACCCUCUUUCCCCGUGAAGCUUUCCUAGAUUCUGCCAAAGAACUGGUAGAGCACCGGUGGUUGUUGUGCUACCCCACAGCAGGGCUCACAUCACUGAAGCAUGGAGAUGAAAUUUUCUCUUGUGCUAGGAAUCUAGCACGUAUACCAUAGCAGGUGGAGAUUAGGGAAACAAACUGGUGUUUCAGGUCUGGCAUAACCAUUGGUGGCGAAAGAACAAUUCAUACUGAGGCAAAAGUUUACCCAUGAUUGACUUCCUAAGAAUACCAGAGCCACAUCUAGGAAAGGAUUGGGUAAGCCAGAGUUAAUCAGCAUUUUCUUGAUACAUGUUUACAAAUAUUACCCCUUCAGAGUCCCUCGAUGGAAAAGAAAUAAAAGAAAUGGAAAGGCAAUUCCUGAUGAAUUGGAAAGCCUCCAGAGAUGCCAGGAAGAAAAACAGGACAGAAAGCAUGAUGAAUGAACAUGCACCAUAUUUACAUUUUGGUACACAAACUUUAUCUUCAUGAUAAUUUACAAAAUUAAGAAAAUAGGCUGUUUAGAAGGAAAAGGUUAUAAUGCUUUUAAGGUUACUCCUGGGAGUGUUUAGUCUUUUGGUGAAUGCUGUGGGGGGAUUUUUCAACUGGCAUGGCCAACACUUCUUCUGAAGCAGUUCUCAAAAGAAUUGCUCCUAGAAGCUCUCUUCAACAGGGUAAAACCUAGAUGGCUCCCUGGAAUACUGAGGAACCUAAAUUCAAGGAGCAAGAAGAGUGAUGGCUAGAUGAAUCUGACCAAACGGUUACAAGCACAUCUUUGUGUCUACUGUGUGGCAGUGGUUAUGGGCUUACUUCUCUGCCAAUAUUACAUCUUAAAGUAGCCAUCCAGCAGAGCUUUCCUUUACGGUAAAGGGUUUUCUCAGAUGAAGGAGGUUGUCCCAUUAGUGGCCUGCUAUGACAAAUUUGCCAGGCACUUCAAAGGUAAAGUUACUCAGAUCCAUUCUAAAUUGGAUGCUAAGUUUGGUUGUCCUAUAGAGCCUUCCAGAGGACUGACUGGUCCGCUGUUACGAAUCAGUUUCAAUUACUGCAACACAAGGACAUGGACAAGCUGCUCUAAUGUAUGUAGCCAACCAUGUGCCUUCUUCACUCUUACUCCUCCUGGCUGGCAAGAGCAAGCUGAUAGGCAGCUUCAAGCAUGCUCUGAUGAAAGCAGCUAGACCCAUUGCAUUCUGACUUCAUGCCAGGUUUAGUGACAGAAACUGCUUUGGUUGCCCUGGUCAGUGAAAUUUGUCAAGAGAAUAACUGGGAGAGUGUGGCCCUAUUGAUUCUCUUUGAUUACUCAGUGGCAAUGGUAUACUGCACCCCCUGAGUUGGAAGCACUGCACUGCAGUGGUUUCAUUCCUAUCUCCAAGGACAGUUCCAGAGAACAGCAUUGGAUGACUUCUGCUUGACCUGUAGGGGUUGUCCUGUUGAGUUCUGUGGGCUUAAAUCUUGUUGCAGAUGCUAUUUAAUAUCUAUAUAAAGCCACUGAGAAUAGCCAUCAGGGGAUUUGGAGCAACUUGUCAUCAGUAUGUUGAUGACACCCAACUCUGUCUCUCUGUUCCAUCAGUACCAGAAGAGGCAAUGCAGGCCCUGAACCAGUGUCUGUCUGAAGGCAGUAAUGGGCUGGAUGUGGAUCAGUAAAUUGAAGAUGAAUCCAGGCAAGCCACAGAUACUGUGGGUGGGUAGUUCUCUUGCCCAGGAGUUGGCAGAACAUGUACUUGAUGGAGUUGCACUUGAACAACAAGGCGCAUAGUUUGGGGGUGCUUUUGGAACAAUCUGUGUCAUUUACGACUAGGAGAGCUUAUGCCCAUUUUGGCUGGUAUGCCAACUACAGCUAUUUCUGGAUGGGGACAUUCCAGCCAUGGUUAUUAUUGUAACCUCCAAACUGCACUCUAUCUAGGACUGUCCUUGAAGGUGUUCCAGAAAUUUUAACUAGUGCAGAAUGCUGGUAAGGGGUAGCACACUGUGAGCAUAUUACUCCUAUUUUAAAAGAGCUGCAUCAGUUGCCAAUUGUUUUCUGGGUCCAGAUGAAGUUGCUUACUUUGACAUGUAAAGCCUUAAGUGGCCUGGAACACAAAUUUAUGCAAGAAUGCCUUUUGCUAUACUGACAUGCCCAUGGUGUCUUCUUUGUAACUUCUAAAUGGGAUGAAAUACAUAGUGUGAGGACCUGCGGAAGGGCCUCUUCAUUGGUGGCUCCUUGUGUGGAAUUCCCUUCCCAGUUGGGCCAUUAGUACAGAUUGACUUUUUUUCGGAAAGCAUUUGGAAGAUGAAAGACCUGACUGGAAAAAUAGCUUAGUUUGCUGCUGAUAGUAUUAGUAAAUUGUUGUAAUGCUAUGUUAUGUAUUUGGGGGUUGUGUUAUUUUAUGCUUUGUUUUUACACUGUCUGAUUUUGUUGCCCUUUGGCUUGUACGAAGUACAGUAGAUAAAUCUUCUAAAGAAAUAAAGUAUACUCACUCUUUUUGAUAAUCCAGUAAAAUGAUUGAUGAAUGGGUUAUUUAUCUUCUGUAGCAAAUCUUCAAAAUAUUUUAAAGGAACAAUUUUGAAUUACAUUUACCCAGUAUUUUAAAAGUUUAUGUACUUCUAUUGUGUACAGUUGAGCAGUUAUAGUAUUGCUGCCUGUGUAAAAGUAGUUUUUUAAAAAUAAUCAUCAUUAUUGUUUACCUAUUUAUGUCACUUUCCAGAGUCUUAGUUUGUAAAAUGAGUAACAGAGCAAAGGCUUCUUUUUCACCAUCAAUUUUCUGCUACUUCCAAUUUUUAACUGAAAAUUCGGCUUGGAUAAUGUUCUCAGGCACUUUGACAUAAAACAUGCACAUCAGUAAUGUUUAUAGUUUAUUUUUGAAAAAUGCUAUACUUACAUAUAUUAUUCAUGGUUCUGUUAAAUUAUAUUUUCACUUUAUCUAGUUAUUAUAUAUUUUGCAGGUGUAACCAUGUCUUCAUUGUUUUGGUUAAUAUUUCAGGGGGAAAGUUUUUGGAAUAAUUAAUGUAUGCAUGUAUUUGUACCCUGCAGAUAAUAAUGACAAAGAACACCCACAUUUUCCUAUUUACUAUUUCCCAAUGACCAAAGAAAAACCAAAUUUUGCAAUUUUGUCUGAGAUGCAUAGACCUCCUUAUAGUAAAGAAUCCCAUCGAACCGUCCAUGAAGAAGACAGAGUUACUGAGAAAAUCAGGUAUGUUUCUUGUAGCACACCUUUGGAGUCCAUCAGUGUAUGAAACUUCUGCAUAACUGAAAGUUCUGCAUAGAGGAGGGGCUGGAAGUGCACUGUUUAGAGAGAUGGGUUCACAGAGGUUAAUCCACUAAAAUUUAUAUUGACAAGAAAAUGCAUACUAAUAAAGAGAGGGAGGUUCAGCUUCCUGUGUACAGCUGUAGCACACAGGGACUAAUUAGUUGAUAUUUGAACAAUUUUUGUUUUUGAAGUUCUUCCUUUUUUAUUUCAUAUCUUUAGCAAAAUUCUGAUUUAGACUGAUCACAUUUUGUAACUGAUAGGGCCAAACUAUAUAUGUGUAACAUUAUUUCUGAUGGUCCUUUUUAAAUUGGAAUGUCAUUUUGGUAGUGUGUUGGGGGGGGAUUUCCAGUCCAUAUUUGGAAGUUACUGGGGGCAAAAGCCCCUUAUAGGGUGAUUGGAGUGAAGAAACAGCACACAUACAGUCUGCUACCACUUCUCUAAUACUGUUUACUGUGAAAGCCUGGAAGGGAGGAGAGCUCAAUUGAUCCUUCUGCCAAUCCACUCCUGAGUGGUACAAAAUCACCACAAUCCAAUAAUUCUGAUAUCCUAUGCUGAUAAUUUGCUGAUCUACAUGGCAAACCGAAUCAGUGCUGACUGUGCAGACUGUAUAUGCAGCUGAUUCUAAUGCAUGUCUGUAUUUUUUUCUCAACACAGCUAGUAGCAAUGGGGGUGAUUUUAAAAAAGUAAUGGAGUAUGAGGUUAAAACUUCCCAAAACCACUUCCUGGACCUAAUGUAGACUUCUUGCACAUGUAUUUUUUAAAGUCAGGAGAUCCUUGGCCUUAAAGCUGUUUGAGUUUUGUGCAUCAUAUAUAGGAUGUGAUCCAAAGAUAUCUGAGUGUACCAGUAAACUGUCAAACUAUCAUUGAACUCAAGGAUUCUCCCUUUGUCCUUCGCUACUGAAAGUGCAAAUCGUCUCUUGCAGUGAGAGGAAACCGGAUGCUGGACUCAGCCUAGUCCUCACUUUUCCCCAGAAACUAUCAAAGCUGACUGCACUGAUUUCAUGUUCAGCAAUAUGUGCACACUGCAGAAGACCACAUGAGCAUGGUUGAAUUCUGAAUGUGCCUUCCCUUGCCUGGCAGUAGCAUUCUGAGCUCCUGUCAGGAGAAAUCUCCCAGUGGAAACCUGUCUCCAUAGCAGACCGCCCUAGCUGGGCUUUGCAGUUAGACAGAGAACAGACUCCUUUAUCGGAAUGAUCUGGAAAACAUUUGGAUUGCCAGAAUUAAGAUAAAUGGGGGAAUUAUUUAUGUAAAAUACAGAGUAUACAUCUGUGCAAAGAACACAAAAGAAAUACAAAUAUCAGGCAUUGGGUAACUGAAAUUCAGAUAAUAAGUGUUCUGCAUUUUCAUCUGCAUAGCACAUAUCUUUCUAGUCCUAACAAGGGUAUAUCAAGCAGUCAUUAAGAAUACAUUUCCAUACCCACAGUCUGGGAGUAAGUGUCAUUGAACUUGAGGUUUUGUUUUCUGAGUAGACAUGCCACAAGAUUGUGCUGUACCCUCAAAUUAAUAUUUUUUACUUAUCUCAUAGAAACCAAUGAUAAUACUGCAGUCAUUGUAUGUUCUAGUGGUAUUACAGUUUGCAUUGUGUAGGGAUUUUUUAGAUUUAACAUUUAGGCUGCAAUCCUGUGCAUACUUACUGUGCAUUGAUCUCCAUUGAACAAAAUUGUAUUGAUUUCUGAGUAAACAUACAUAGGAUUGUACCAUUGAACAUAUAUACUGUACUGGGGACUAUACUGUUUAUUUAACAUCUACAAAAAGCCGUUAGGAGCGAACCUCAGGAUAUUUAGAAUGUGGUGUCAGCAAUAUGCUGAUGCUAUCCAGCUCUAUUUCUUUGUUACAGUUGAAUCAGAUGUGGCUGUACAGGUUCUGAACCUGUGUCUGGAUGUAAUAAUGAGAGCAAGUAAUUUGAAAUUGAAUCCUGACAGGAUGGAGGUGGGUGGGUGGUUCCAGGGUCCAGCAGUUGGGUGAUGUGACUGUUCUGGAUGGGGUUGCUCUCCCUUCUAAAGAAGGAAGCACACACUUAGGGAGUGUAGCUUGAUUCAUUUCUGUCUCUGGAAUCCCAAGUGGCUACGAUGGCUAGGACUAGGAGUACCAUAUAUCAGCAUUUCUGUACCUAUUUCUGGACCCAAAUAACCUGGCCACUGUGACCAUGCAUUGGUAACAUCAAGAAUAGACUACUGUAAUAAUGCACUCUGUGUAGAGCUUUCCUUAAGCUUGGUCUGUAAGCUGCAGAAUGCUGCUACUAUGUUACUCUGCGGAGUGUCCAAUUACCAUAUUUUCCUGUGUAUAAGACUAGGUUUUCCCCCUAAAAAAUAUUAUGAAAAAUUAGGGGGCGUCUUAUACAUGGGGCCAUCUGCCGCCCCCCCCCCAUUUUCUUAAAUCUGAGUCCUCCCAAAUAGAGGCGUCUUAUACAUCGGGGCGUCUUAUAGACGGAAAAAUACAGUAUAUGUGUAUAUUGCGCUACUUCUAAGGGAGCUGCACUGGCUGCCAAUAAGCUACCAGGCCAGGUUAUAGGUUUUGGUUUUUGCCUAUAAGGCCUAGAUGUCUUGGGGCUAGAAAACCUAGAGGAGCAUCUUUCCCCUUACUGCUCUGUUCAUGCAUUUUAUUCGGCCGAGGGGGCCCUCUUAGUUAUACCACAGUCUUGGUGAGCAAAAACUAAGGAGAGAGCCUUCUUUGCAGCAGUCCUCUUUUUAUGGAACUACCUCCCCUCUGACAAGCACCAACACUGAUGAUAUUUUGGUGCUUGUUAAAAACACAACUGUACUCAGGCUUUUUCUCACAUUUAAUGCGGAGGAGUCAGAUAGUGAUUCCCUUAGGGUUACCUGCUACAAUCAUAUUCAUUUCAUUAUGAUCUUGCUGUUUGAACAAUUUCAUUGUGAUUUGUGUUUUAUACUUGUGCACACCAGCUCAAGGCUGAUUGUAAUAGGUAGUAGCUAAAAUAUUUUUAUAAAUAAAUAUAUCCAUUUAUAGUGCACUUCUAUACAUUAUCUGUUUAGAAGAAUGUGGGUAUAGGAUUGCAGCCUUAAUGUACUGCCAGAAAUAAAUGUCUGUCGUACAUGGUCUGGUCAAGUUACACACUGAACACUUAUGCAGAAUUUAACAGAAGCUUAAGCAUAGAAUAUAAACACAUCUAUGGAGGCAAAUGGCAUUAAACUGUUAUUGUAUCCAGAAUUAUUUUCAUCUUUAAAAUAAUUGCUUUACAAUGUUUUGUUCAUGUAGCCAUUCAUCCCUGAAGAAUCCUCAAAAUGUACAGAAAAACCUGUCUGAACCUCACCUCCUAAGACAAAUGCCUCUUUAAGAAGAUACUGGAAAAGCAACAUCUUUUUGUGUUAUCAAGAGAACAAAUGAGUCCAUCAAACCAACUAUGAAGAAAAACUGAAUGUUGUGGAGAAAGUUUUAUAUUUUAAUCAGAAAACACUAAGGCAUGUUUUAAGUUUUUCAUUGCCGACACAGUCAUUUUUCAUAAUACAAAAGCAGUAUUUUGUAUAACAGAUCCAAUAUAUGUAACUUCAUAAAUAAAAAGUUUAAAGUAAAGUACACAGAUGUCUUAAUAAGAAAAGGUGCAUGGGGAAAUCCCAAGGUUUGCAGAAAAAGCUUAAAGCAGAAUAAAAACUUACAGCAGAAAAAAGACCCUAUCAAAACAGGCCAAUGAGGACUCAAUAUGCUCAGUUGGAUUGGACCGGUGACUGUUGAGGAUGAAAAAUGGCAGAAAGAUAGAUGGAGUAUUUUGACAAAGGGUGUGGAGCUAUCCUGACUAUCAUAAGGAAUCAACACUGCAACAUUUGUUUGAAGUCCCCACACGUAUGCACUAUUUGCUUUUUGUAUGUUGCUUUUUGUAUGUUGGUAAAUGUUUUUAUUUAAAGUAUCACACUUUCAUAGAAGCCUGUGUACAACAUAAAACCAAUAAUAUAAUAACAUCAAUACAUACAUUAAAAAUUUACAGUUCAAAGGCCUGCUUGAAAAAUAGUUUUCAAAAGGUGUCUAAAAGAAGACAAAGAUGACUCGUGCUGGGCUGCUACAGGCAGGGCCUGCCACAUUAAAUGCUCAGUCCCUGGCAAAGGCUGACCAAACCUUGGGUCUCAACCAACAAAACUGCCCCAUCAGAAGACCAUCAGAAGAUGCUCUACUGAGGUAGAGCAUAAGAAAAUAGUAUUGGCCCCACGUAGUUUAGGGCUUUGGCUUAACAAAAGAACCUUAAACCCGGCAUGGUAGCAAAUUGGCAACCAGUGCAGUUUUCUCAGCAAAGGAGCAAUAUAUUGCUAGUAACCUGUUCCUGUAAGCAGUCUGGCCUCUGCAUUCUGCACUAGUUGCAACUUCUGGUCCAGAUAACACAAUCAAACCAACAAAGUUUGCUACAGUGAUUCUUGAGGUUAGCCAUGCAUGGACUACUGUAGUCAGACUUUCUUGGUCCAGGGAUAGUUGCAGCUGGUGUACCCGCCAAUGCUGGUAAAAGCCACACAGGUCACUUGUGCCUCUCAUGACAAAGAUGAAUCAACAAGUGCUCCUAGCUUGCAAACCCGCUCCUUCAAAGGGAGCGAACCCCAUCUAGAACAGAUUGGGCAUAAUGGAGAAAUUGAGUUGGGUAUCAUCUGCCUACAAAUGGCACCGUGCUCCAAAACUCCUAGUAACUACCCUCAAUGGCUUCAUAUAGCAUUGGGGAGAGCACUCCAUUGCAUUAGCUGGGUUUAAGAGCACUCCCCAGCUCUACUCUCUGGACAUGAUGGGGCCACCGAUACACAUCUCCAGAAGUCCAUGGACCUACACCAUUAGAGUGAUUGUUCUGACAACAAUUCCAAAGUCUGUUGUCAUUUCAUGCAACACACAAGAACCAAAUUAGUAGCAUCGUGUGUACACAGUACCUGCUCUCCUGCUAGCUGUAGUCCCUUGGGCUCUCUCUUUUUAAUCAAUAUUCUGUACUCAUAAUUUUGAACAUCAUUUGAUUUGCUUUAAUUUGCAAAAUAAGUGAUCUAUUUGUGUCAUCAUAGGUUGAUUCACAGUUGAGGGCCAAACUAGGUGAGAUGCUGGAGACCUUGGCUGGAGGAAAAGAGACUUAAUUCUUGCCCUCUAGGCUGUUAUUCUGGGGGGAAAUGCCUCCCUGGUUUUUUUCAUCCAAAUGGCAAAAGAACAGGACCCUAUGGUUGUGGAAACAACUGGGAGCAUGACUUGAUUAGAGAAAUGGCCUGCAAGGAAAUAUUUAAGCAUCCUUAGUACUUCAUGGCUGCAUUUAAAAUGAAAGGGGGGGGAAUCAAGGGACUGUUUAUGCAUCUCUCCUAUAUUGUCUUAUUUGGCCCUCAUUUAAAUUAAUCUGCUUGGAAUUUAAGAUGAUUUACAUCACAGUCCUCAACACACUUAUUUGGAAACAUGUUCCAGUGAUUUCAGAAGAACUUAAUGCCAAGUAAAUGUGUUUAGGAAAGGGUGCCAGUUGGCUUAAAUUAUUGUACUUCAGUUUAACUGGGAUUAUAAAUGAAUAAAAGCCAAAAUUCCCAAAGGAAGCAUUGUUCAUCCUGAAAGAAUUUUAGCUGCAGACCCAAAUACUUCAUCUGAGUAAUCCCAUGGAAAUCAGUGGGACUACUCUAGAAGCAAGCAGCAUAAAUUCUUGCUGCUUUUCUGUUUUGCAGUAUCCUGCAUCUUAUACCAUCUGUCCUUUAAAUUAACUUUUCCCUAGACUCCACUUCCUAAUUACAAUUAAUACCAAAUAUUUUAAUUUUCUUGGCUACAUAAAGGGCAACAAAUAAAUCAGGCUUUAUUUUUCUGUCUUGCUGGGUCAAAGAUUUGAUUUAUUGUGUCUAUGUUAUCACACAAUCAAAAUUUCAUUCCCAGUGUUUGUUUGGGAAAAUUCUACACCCUGCCUAUUUAUUUUGAAUGUCUCUUCUCAUUAAUGUUGCUGAAGUGUAAUUUCCAGCCUCCAAAUAUCACUUUUUAUUGUUCAGAGUCCCAUAAAUAUAUGGUUGUGUGUGUUUUAUAUAUAUUCACAUACAUAAAACACUACCAACAAAGUUCCAUUGAAUUCAGUUUGGCUUACUUCAAUGAGAUAUAGGAUUACAGUCUGAAUGUGUUUAGGGACAGAUUUCAAAUCAAGUCAAACAACGCUGUCCUGGAUUUUUGCGUUCCCAUUUUUCCAGCGGAAAAUUUGGUGAGGAUUUUUAGAUUAUUUUUUUCUCCAAGGGAGAACAACUAACUUGGAGUUGGGGGUAUUUCCAAAAUGAUGCAAGGAUUAAAUGGUGCGGUAUCACAGUUAAAAUUAUUGGAGAGAACAAAGCAAUGAGUUGUCCUUUCUUCCCAGACAGAAUAUUUUGGGCUUCAGCAGUGCAGGUGGUUGUUUUUAAAUUUCCUGUUAGUUUUGACUGAGACAUUGUCACCAUUGUGCAAUUACUAAAUUGUGUGUGUGUGGAUGGGGGAGGGUGUCAAUAAAAUAAAUGUUUAAAAUUAUAUGCUUAGAGUGUGGUAAUGGUGCAUACACAGAAUUCUAUCUCUUGUCCUGAAAUCUGGAUUUGUCAUAUGGAGUUAGGCCAGGUGGAAGCAACCAGAUAUCAAAAUCUGGAAUAAUAAUGGGACCAUCUCUAAAUAUGUGUAUAUAUUCAAAUUGCUUUAGUUGUAAAAACUAAUAUUGGCCAUCUCAGUGUCCAUCCCACUAACGAAGUAAGUCUGUGUACUUUUAUAAUAUUAUUGGAUAUCAAGCGGGUUUCAGAAAUCUACUCCAGGCAUGACUAGGGACUUGGGCAGACUUUUACUCCCUUCUUUCAUUGUAAAGCAAGCCCAUAUGCUGUAUUACAAAUAGAUUUAAAAUUUUAAAUGUGAUUUGCCCCACAGUGUGCUUCUGUGGGGAUGCCAAAGGCACAUAGAAUUAGUACUGUCAUUACUAGAGCAUGGCCCACAGUCUUCAUAUUCUGUGGUAUUGCGCUCCACACACACUUGCCCCAAACAUAUGGAAAAUCUGUUAUACAACAGUCUCCCUAAUAAGGACUAUAGCUGAAUGUAUGGAAAACCCAACAGAUUCUCCUAUUUUUGUAUUCCUACCUGCACAAAAACUUCUCAAAUGGGUGCUGGGGUGGGGAAUGGUGUUUUGGGAGAAAUGGUUUUAAUUGAAAAGAUCCAGUUUUGCCCCUUCUCUCCCUGCAAGGGGAUUUUACCCCACCUCCUCAUACCUGUACCCCACACCAUCCCCAAAUCUGCCCUGGAGGGUUUCAGGCAUGCCCAGUACAGAUUUAGGGGGCAUGUAUGGGGAGGAAAGGCGAGGACAUUCCAUUGUGCAAGAAGAAAUCCUACACUGACUACAACCCAAAAUGAAAAGCUGUUUAAAGCACUCGUGAUGUUUGGUGGAUAUCAUAUAGCAAAUUACUACCUACACACAAACAUGCACAUGGGACAGCUAUUUAGCUGUACCAUGACGGUAAGAUUUUGGGUCAGAAUUCCAGGGCCCCAGUCUUCCUAGAUUUUGAAGCAAGAGGAGGCCCCUGAAAGACCAUUAAGUUUUGGAGCCUAAAAAUGACCAAACUGCACCACUGCAGCUAACUACAAAUGAUAAAACUAUAAAAUUAAAAUUACCUUAAUGCUGGCUAUUUUAAUGUGAUGCUUUUCUCUACAUGGCAACUUAGAAGAGUUGCUAUCUUAUUUAUCUAGGCUUAAAAUAUCAUUGUUUAUUAAUUGUGGGAAAGGUUAUUGGAAAAUAUGAAGAGCCGUGACUUUCUACUCUUUGGCAAAGGUCAAUACUGGCAAAUUCUGAAAAAGAAUAAUGGGAGUAAAAGAAAAUAAAAAAGGAACUUAUGAAAAGAUUGUUUAACCUCCGAGCCCAACGUUUAAAUUACUCCCCUCGAGCAAAACGGUUACUUUAUCCUAACCCAAACAAUUUUCAUAAAGAACAAUUUCAACGUUUGUACCUAGAGAAUAUAGGCAUUGCUUUCAAUCGUGCAAACGCCUCCCAGGCUUCUAAUGGAAAGAUGAUUAAUUCACAGAGCUUGCAACUAUUUCCUUGAGGAGAGUGAGAUAAGGUACCGGCUAAUGGUUUGUUGAGAGCGUCCAUUCGCAUCUUGUGGUCCGUGGCUUGGAAACUUGGCUCAGGGCCAGCUUUGGGUUUUAUUCUGAAACAAUCCUUUGGAUUUCAUAUCAAAGCAGCUUGUCCCCAGCCCUAAUUUAAAGCUAGGAGUUAGAGGGAAAGGUGAGAGCAGGGUAAAUAAAAAUCUCCAAAGAAUUUAAU